AUGUUUGUAAGAGCACCAGCCAAGAUAAUCAUUUCUGGUGAGCAUUCUGUUGUGUAUGGACAUAAAGCAUUAUGUGCAGCCAUCAAUAAAUACACCAAAAUUAAAAUACACUCAAACAAAGCUAAUUCAAUAGAGAUAAGAUGGGGAAAUGAUUGGCAUGAAGUCUUGAAUCUAGAUUCAAAUAAUACUAAUUCUUAGUUAGCUUAAGUGGCACGCAUCUUAAAUAUCAAACCCUCAAUAAUAGAAGUGGAAUCUGAAGAUCCUCAGCCUCUUUCUGCUGUUGCAUUAUCCAAAGCUAUGAAUGGAUCUAUUGAAUAAGCAAUUGAAAUUGAGAAUAUAUUUCAUGGUAAGAGGGGAAGCGGAUUAGAUGUGUAGGUCACUAAUCAUGGUGGCAUAUGUAUAUUUUAGAUAGGAAAACCGAUUUAGAAAGUUAAUCUUCCUAUUCAAAAUAUAUUGCUAAUUGAUUCAGGCGAUAGAAAAUAAAAAGGAACUGAGGGAUCAAUUGCAAAAGUUAAAAAUUGUGUUGAGUAAAAGGAUGGAAGAUAAAUUUUGAAUAGAAUUUCAGAAGUAACUGAAUAAAUAAUUAAAGAAGGACUUGUGAAAGAGUUGAUAUAUGAAAAUCAUGAUCUUUUGAAUAGGUUAGGCAUUUGCACUGAUAGGAUAAAUGAUAUAAUUAGAAUUUGCAAAAGAGAAGGUGUUCCUGCAAAAAUGACUGGUGCUGGAGAUGGAGGGUUUUGUAUUGCGUUUCCAAAAGAUGAAUAAGAAUCUGACUUUUUAGUAUCAAAACUGCACAAUUAUAAAACCUUAAAAUCAAAUAUCGAUAAAGAAGGUUGUAAAAUAAUUUGA